UUUGGUGACUCAACCAGGAAGUCGUCCGGAGGUAUGGGGUAGAGCGUCCAAAUUCACAAACGGUUCACCUCACGCAGGGUACUCAGGGUGCAAACGACUCAGCACUCUGCAGACCCUGAAUUGAGACAUAGCCUUCGACGCAGAAGUAUGUAGUGUUCACGACGGCGUCGGCACCUAUGGCGUAAGUAAGGCGUAUGUCUGACGCAGAAGCAAAAACCAGACCGAAAACAGCAAGUUAAGUGACCCAGUUUGGAGCAGUUCAAUCUCCUACCGGAUAUUGUGUAAAAUAAAAGCAUAAUCUUUUACUAAGCGAGGACAAUUAACCAAGAAAUAAGUUUUUGCGGGUCAAAUAUUCAAAACUUAACUGUUUCUAUUUGGUCAUUACAAUGAAAUCAAUUUGAAUUUCCACAAAUUUUUCGAUGUGAUAGCUGAAAGUGGGAUUUAAUUUGAAAGUUUUUACCUGAACUAAGUUAUUUUGGGGUAACUUGACCCUGAGAACUGACCAAGAUAGAACCACGUCUCCAAGUUAGGUACAGAGAUCGAGGAAAUUCUGCUAUGUUUCAACUCAACAAUGUCUGUCCAAAGUGAAUGUAGUCACUUGACGCUUCUUUUUGUAGAGGGGUAAGGCUGAGUUUUCACCUCCCAUACCUCUGCAUCCAAUGUUACAAGAAACAGUGGCUAACCGAUGUCUUGGUACAACUUCCUUAUUAGUUACACACUACCACCUCGCAUACCGGUAGGACUCGUGGUGUGUUGUCUUCUUGGUUGAAGCAUUAAAUCCAAAAGAGGUAAGCGCGAAACGUUGUUGUUAUAUUUUAAAGUUCGUGUAAUCAAGGCGACUUGUGUUCUUGCGAGAAGAGGCUAGCUUGUCAAAAAUGAUCCAUCUACCUCACGGAGGCAACGUUUACGUGUCGUUUUAAGUUGAGAUGUAAGGUCGGGGCUCUGAAAUUACAAAACCGUGGCUUUUUCAGACUGAUCAGUGUCUCUCUGGAAGCCCUUCGAGUAUUGUACAUUAUAAUGUACCAACCGUUUCUUUGAGGACAGUCAAUAAUGUCUUCACAUGUAGGACUGUAGGUGUUUGUGAAUUCAUAGCAGUGCUUGUUUAAUAUGCAGGUGGCCUAGUCAAUAUAUUGUGUAGAAAUGGGGUUUAUUUAUGAUCAAUCCAGGCCAAGGGUCUCUCACAGGCUCGUUAUUCACCACAGAGGGUAACACUAAAUAGCAAAUAUUCACAGCUGAAUACAGAUUAUACAGUCGACUACAACCAUGGUUAAACAUUCCACAGUGAAACAAAUUGAAUGUAUUGCAUCUCUAGUCAGGACAACAUUUGAUUGUGGUACUUAAUAGCAACAUUGCAAAAAAAGCAUAUACAUUAAUCAGAGGUGUAUUGUCUCAUAUCCACAAUUUUGUCCUAUCAAAGUCAAUUAACCAUAUUAGGAAAUGAUUCUAUGACUGUGACAUAGCCUGAGAGUAAGACGUGAAUAUUCAGACAGUGUCUUUCAGGAUGAACUAUUUAUUUUGGCGUCUGCUCAUCCUCUGUCUAUUACAUAGUCUAAUUGAUUUUUUUCUCCUCUCUAGCACCAGCAGGACAGGGGGCACCAGGUUGAUUCAGUUGCUGGAUGUACUGCAUGACUGAUUGAGGCAUUAAUGGCUGGACAAAUCAAAAGAUGAACUAGCCUUACAAACUCUCAUCAACCACUCAGCCUAUUAUCAACACCUACCUGUGGCAGACAUAAUGCCAAGUGGCUGGCAGUCUGCCAGACAUCCGAUGUGGCGCCUCUUGCUGCCAUUUCGCAACCGCCAGGAGCGAGUGGUGCUGGCCCGCAGUGAGAGCCUGCCAGGAGAACAGGUUCUUAAGAUCACAGUCACAGAGACUACUGUGAUCGAGGCAGAGUCAGGGGUGUGGAACUGGCGGUCAUUGACCUACCUGGGCCUCUGGUACUUCUUUAGCUUCUGCACCCUGUUCCUUAACAAGUAUAUUUUGUCUCUGCUAGAGAGGGAGCCAAGCAUGCUGGGUAAGACAGAAUUACAAAGGUCUAGUUUUAACCAGAAGAUGUAGCUCAAAGAGUAAUGCACUUUUAUGUUGAGUAUUUCUGUUAUCCUAUGGAAUUUUUCAAACAAGAAUUUAGUUCUCUAACUAUAAACUGAACUAUUGGGCUAAGAGUUUUAAGUGUAAGAUUCAAAAACUUGGAGAUUAAGACGUCACAGUUGCUAGAUUUCACUCUCACUCUGAAAAUAAACAAAAAACAAAUAUUGGUCUCCUUGGUUGAACCCAAAGUCAAUGGGGCUUGUUUCUUUUUUUGUGGCAGCAACAAAUUCAUCUCAAGGUUUCAGUGUGUUACAAUUCUACAAGGUUGCUGCAGUAUUUAUUUAAAUGCUUUUAUGAUUUGGCUUUUUGGAGGAGUUAAAAGUGCUGUGGACUAAAAAAAAUGUUACAAGAAAUGUGAAAAAAAAUAGAGAAGUUAUGAUGCUAGAAACACUAUAAUUUGUUCUGGCUGUUUUCUGGUUUCAUCCAAAUACUUCUCAGGUGCAGUCCAGAUGCUCUCCACAACUGUAAUAGGCUGCCUAAAGAUGUUAAUACCCUGUUGCCUGUACCAGCACAAGUCUAGAACUGAGUAUCCCCCCAACUUCAUCAUGAUAAUGCUGUUUGUUGGACUUAUGAGGUAAGUCUUUCCUCUCUGUAAAUACCCACUGGCUAUCCCUCUAAGUUUAAAGUUUCAUACUUCCAGCAGGGUAUGGGCAAUUUGUUGGUGGUUUUGAAGGAAACUUAUAUAGAUGUAACAGACAGCUUUAAAAAAAAAGUACAGUCUUUUUGCACACUAACAAAUAAUCAGUAACCCUUGUUUUGUGGGAGCGAUAACAUACAUUUUUAAAAGAGCAAUUAAUUGACUCAUUCAUGUUUUGAGGGUAGUUAAAUUUUGUGGUCACAAGGUAAUCCUGUAAGCAUGAUGAAUAUGGUGAUCACGAUGGUAUUAAUUCUCCUUCACAAACAUGCUGUUCAUGCUAACCUGAAUAAAAGUUUUUUUUUCCACCAAACAAAUCUAAAAAAACAUUGGCUCUUAAGUAAAGGAUUUGAUAAUUAAACAUCAAACUUUGUUACAGCAGAGGGAACCACUUACAUGUAAAGUGAGUGUACCCCUCAUGACUGUGACUCACUGCUGUGGUGCCAGCCAGGGACAUGACAGGUGGGAAGACAUGGUGAACAAAGUUGCAUAAAAUUAGGACAUGUUAACCAAAAACUGGGGCAGAUUCAUGAUCCUUUUUUUGAGGAAACAGUCAUCAGUGCAGCAGAAAUAUUACAAACUGUCACAGUCUAAAAAAUAUGAUAUCAAAGGUUGAAAUGCCUGAAAGCGAAGUCUUUGAAUGUACUUUUGAAUAUUUUAAGUGAAAAUGCAUUGAAGCAAACCAUUAGCUGACCUGUCAUCUGUCCAUCUGAAUUAAUGUUAUUUUUAUUAUCAUUGUUGUAAUUUACUGUGAUAAUAUGUGAAUUAUUGCUGUAUUCCCAUGAUCAGUUUAAAACCAGACUUAGUAUUUUUAGCUGCCACGUUAACAAUUCCUACCAUGUUAAAACCUUCAAUUAAGUGAAAACCUGUGGGUUGAUCUUUGAGUUUCCCCUUAUGCCCAUUUUACAAGAUCCUUUAUCUUUUUCUCAAAGUGCAGAUUGGCUUCAUUUUUAAUGAGUGCACAUGUAAGACUCCCAUAUUUUUGUGGGCAUGUGGUUUUUCCAUAUAAACCUCAAUUUCCAGAUUUUUAUAAACCUAAAGGGGUGACCCUCAAGACCUGCAACCAUGUUCAGAAGAAGUGAUAUUAAAUCUUGAAGACUUAAAGCAGGCAACUGGACUGUGUAGAGUUGAGAAGACGUUUCGCCUCUUAUCCAAGAAGCUUCUUCAGUUCUAAAAUUGCUAGUGUGAGGAGCAGAUAUUUAUCUUGCUGGAGAAGGGGGAAGAUAACGACUGGGUGGAGUUGAAGAGAAUGGGUCGUAGAAACCCAUUUCUGGGUGUGUGUGUCCCCCAAGUCGUUAACAUGAAAGGGUCGUUAGCGAUUCCUGUCAUGUGACCACAUGACUCAUGCCACCUGGGUCAUGUGGUUCCAGGUGUGAAUGUUUGUGGAGCUUCCUGGGGAGAGAGCUAAGAACAGCAUUGUAAGUGCCUGAGAGAUUGUGCCUGAGUCCACCCCCUCUGUUCAGAGAAGGUUUCUCCAGCCUGGUAAAGAUGGCUUCUUUAACUCCUCUUUCAAACCAUCUGUCUUCUCGAGCCAACACCUGUACAUUGCUGUCCUCGAAAGAGUGACCCGUAUCCUUCAAAUGAAGGUGGACAGCUGAGUCCUGACCUGAGGAAGUGGCUCUCCUGUGUUGAGCCAUGUGCUUGUGAAGCGGUUGUUUCGUUUCCCCAAUGUACAGGUCCGAGCAUUCCUCGCUGCACUGGACGGCGUACACCACAUUACUCUGUUUAUGUCUCGGUGUUUUGUCCUUGGGGCUGACUAGCUUCUGCCUUAGUGUGUUACCAGGCUUGAAGUGAACAGGAAUAUGGUGUUUGCCAAAGAUCCUCUUGAGUUUUUCCGACAGACCUGCAACGUAAGGGAUCACAGUGCUCUUGCGUCUCUCCUCCGUUUCGUGUUCAGUGUUAUUUCUCUUUCUGUUCUUUACAGAGGCCCACUUAGGGUAUCCACAGGUUUUCAGGGCAUUUUUGAUGUGCUUCUGUUCCUUUUCCGUACCUUAUUUCUUCGUGGGAAUAUUCUCAGCCCGGUGGUUGAGUGUUCUGAUGACACCCAGUUUGUGCUGUAGAGGAUGGUGGGAAUCAAAAAGUAGAUACUGAUCCGUGUGUGUUGGUUUCCUGUACACUUCAACGUUGAGACACCCAUCUGCCUCCAAGUGUACAGCACAGUCCAAAAAGGCCAACACCUUGUCCUUGACAUCUUCAAGGGUGAACUUGAUGUUUCUGUCCACUGUGUUGAUAUGGUCAGUGAAGGCCUCUACUUCGUGUGUUUCGAUCUUAACCCAGGUGUCAUCCACAUAUCUGAACCAGUGGCUAGGUGCUGCUCCUUUGAAGGAGGUAAAGGCCUUCCUCUCUACCUCUUCCAUGUACAGGUUUGCCACUAUUGGAGAAACCGGGGAGCCCAUAGCGCAUCCGUGUUUCUGUCUGUAAUGGCGCUCUCUGAACUGGAAAUAGGUGGUGCUGAGGCAGAUGUCCAAUAAGGAGCAGAUGUGGUCUGGGGUUAAGUUGGUUCUGACUUCCAGUGUGCUGUCCUGUAAGAGGUGCUGUCUUACUGCUUGGACUGCCUCUGUUGUCCCCUAACCCUCCACCCAGUCGUUAUCUUCCCCCUUCUCCAGCAAGAUAAAUAUCUGCUCCUCACACUAGCAAUUUUAGAACUAAAGAAGCUUCUUGGAUAAGAGGCGAAACGUCUUCUCAACUCUACACAGUCCAGUUGCCUGCUUUAAGUCUUCAAGAUAACCAUGACCUGGAUGAAUGAGAAUCUACAUGGACAAGUGAUAUUAAAGUUUCAGAGAAAUAGGGAUGCACCAAGAAUUUGGCCACUGAAAAUUUUUGGCUGAAAAUGGCAGAAAAGUGCAUUUUUGUUUUUUGGCCAAAAGACUUUUAUCACAGAAACAACACGUCCGAAACAGAUAUUGUAAUGAAUGAAGGCUAAAUAACAUGUCUGCUUUGUGGACGUAUUUCAAUGUACGAAAACCACGGAUAGCCAUUUGCAUAACAUGUAAUGGUAAAAUUUUACGAGAGGGUGGAUCUGCAAAGAGUGUCUUUAUGUCGGGUUUAGUUUUAUCACCUGAAAUCCAAACAUCCCAAUAGCCAUUCUGAAUUAGAAGAGCACUGCACAGAAAAGGAAAAUCUCUCCGAGCACGCCCCUCACAAAUUUUCAUAGUGUACAAAACAAACGGUGUGCUGUGUUCAGUCUAAUACCACCUUCCUGUCCUUGAUUAUCAACAAUCGGUAUCGGUACCUUGAAAAACCAUAUCGGUUGAUCCUUACCAAAUGCACAAACAGACGCUGGGGGAAGGUUCACUUAAAAAAAAAAAAUGUAGAUUUCACUGAAAUCAACAUUGCAGCACUUGCAACGCAAGCUCAUGCUCAGCUCCUGCUCUCGGCUGCUUGAAAGUAAAAACAGUGAUGCUACAUAUUCCUCUAGUUGUGUCACAACACUUCUUCUCUUGAACUUUUGAGUUGUUUUUGCCCUGGACUCGCUGGCGCCAUCUGAACAACACAGAACAUGCAGCAACACACUGACCAAAAAACCUCAAAACUCACAUUGCAAUUGCAUACAUUAAUCUUGAUUAAAUAUUAAAUAUUAAUUAAUAUUAAUUUUAUAUUGAUUUAUGCAAUUGCACGGCUUUGAUUUUAGUAAGGAUAGAACACAGUCAUAGCCAUUAAUGCAAUGGUACUAAUAAUUGGCUCAAUGAUUUCUUUCGGUGUUUCAGUUUUUGGCUUUGGUUUCCUCACUUAAGGUUUUGGUUUCGGCCAAAAGAAUUUCAUUUUGGUGCAUCCCUAUAAACUAUCAAUCUGUUUUUGGCAACAUUUUAUGCUGUAAUUAUCUUCAAACUGGUUUUAUGUUGCUUAAGAUAAUGGAUAAUAUGUAACAUUGCAGGGGGUAAACUGUGUGACUAUGAAACAGAUAAAUAUACCUUGCCUUUGCAGCAUAUCCUGCAAUCCAACAUGUGCCAAUGAUCCUGAAAUAUAUGCAAUGCAACAGUUAUAACAACAGCAAAGAGUUAAUGGCUUCUUCACUUGGUUGAGCAAUUUUAUGAAUAAAACAUCUGACAUUUAAGAAUAGCUUUUCAGAGAGUAAAGUCUUUAAAUUAUCUGUUUCUUUGUGUUAGGUUCACCACAGUAGUUUUGGGCUUAGUAAGCCUGAAGAAUGUGGCUGUGUCUUUCGCAGAGACAGUGAAGAGCUCAGCACCCAUCUUCACUGUCAUCAUGUCUAGGCUGAUACUUGGAGAGUACACAGGUACACAGCUGCAUGUUUGUCUCUAGGGGCUGGAAUGUAUAAUUACAGGCUAUCAAGGAUUCAAGGAAUAUUUCAGAGCCAUUGCUGACAACUAAAAAGGUUGAUCAUUUUAUAAAACCUUCAUUAGUCAGUUAUUAUCUAUGCUUACCUUGGUACAAGCAACUUACUAUACCAGGUCAUACCAGUUUGCCUGCCAUGAGGAGAUCGGGUCAAAGGGACUUUUCACCGUGAAUAAACAUUUUGAAGCUUACAAAGUAAAAAAGAAAAAUUUUGAUUUCAUUUCUCUAAAAAUGUCUGCUCAAAAUGAAAAUUCUCCAAGUGAUAAAAUUCCAUGCUAGCUACCUCUACCUGUUGUCCCAUCAAGCUGGAUUUUAGAAAAACUUUUUUAAGUGUCUAACCAACUGUGGUGUCAGUGGCAGUCAAAACUCAACGUUUCUCAAGCACAACGAUCUUUUCAGAAGGGUAAUACUAAAAGAACAUAGUACCAAAAGAGUUCUGAGAUUUAAGUUUGUGUCAUUAUCAUCUGUGGAGAUUUAGAAACCAAAGACCACAAAACACAAAAUGCAUAGAUAGGCAAUUAAAUGACAUUUAAGAAAAGCCAGCAAUAUUCACAGAACAACAUUUAUUUUACAGAGCAACAAAUCUGAUAAUUAUUUAAAAAAAAUUCUUUCCCUCACAUCUUUGUUCUUCCCACCAGAGAUGCAAGGAAACUUUUCAUUUAGAGAGCAAAUAAAAACAGAAAUAUCUUUCACUUGAAAAGCAGCAUUAAUGUCUGUGGAGAGGGACAGGAUGAAAGAUUCGGUAACAUCUUUGGAACAGUGUCACUGAUCGAAUGAAAACAUGACCUUGUGUUGUUUUAUUUUGUUGUUGCACUUGUGGAUAUGUAGUCUUUGGUGUUAUUAGGGCCCAAGCCGUCGCUACGAAGCAGCUGGCGAGAGCACUAUUGAAACGCUAGGAAUCAUUUAUUUAUUUUCAUUUUUAUACAUCCCACUUUUUUAAGGUAUGACCCUCUUGAACAGUGGUUCGAAACCUCAUUGGGGUCCUGGACUUCCUGCAUAUUUUUGAUCAACCCUGAGGACCGCCCUCCAAUCUGGGGGGGCAAUUUCAUAGAAACUGCAUAAGCAUUUGUUGCAUUAUGGCAUUUAUUUACUCUUUGAGGCAAAUAUUAGCUUUCAAUUCUAAGUUCCUGAACAAAAAAAUAAUCAUACUCUUGUAGUAGUGUCUUGGCAUAAUGUCCCCCAACUGCAUUGUUCUGCAGCUUCCAGAAAUAUGUAACAAAACAGUUUGUCGGUAACCUGCUGAGUAAUGUCACCAGCCAUCUCAUCCACCCUGCAGCAUGUAGUGUCUUGAGACAGCGGUAAUAACCAGACUGCCUUUUUAUCCACCAUGGUUUCAGCUAGGACAGCAGCAGUGGAUGCAUUUAGAUUCUCAGUUAUUGUAUAUUGCUUUUUAGCUUUGGCAACAAGCAAAGUUUCACAAUCACAACAUUAUUAAGUAACAAAUGGUGUAUCCCCACUGAAACAGGUUUACAAUUUGAAAAGGAUGCAGAUCCUGGUAAGCGUCACACUGUAACUUGAACAAUGCAAAUGGCAAAAUUGAGGUUUUGACAUUUUCUGCCACUUUUUUAGUUUUUUUUUUUCAAAAAUUAACUCCUCCCAGGGAUUUCAUGCAAGAAAGCUGAAAGUGCAGCCACUGGUACCCACCAUAUUCAAUUGAUGUAAUUUCUCCUCCAGUCUGUAGGUGAGACCUGUAGGAAGAUUAUAUCAAAAAUUAAAUAAAAAAAUCAUGUGUAUAGGCCAAAGGGCCACAUAACAAAAACAGGGGUGGGGUGGGGGGUGGAGGUGACAGGGCAGCAGUGCGCCAAGGAGGUAGUGCAACACUGUUCAGCCCCACCAGUGCCCUGCAGGGUGCUAGUUUUAAGCUUGGGAUUGUCUAAUCUUAUUUAGAAUAGAAGAAGGGAUAAAAUUUUCCAAAAUCCUUUUGGAACAAAGGCUCAGUUAUGUCAGUCUUUACAGUGAUAAUUUUGUAAUGUCUUACUGCUCUGUUGCUUACAUGUUUUUUGUCGUGUUUUAGUUUUAAUUUUUUAAAGAAAUAUGUUUUCUUUAAAAGAUGAAUUUUGGCCAUGAUAUAAAAAAAUGUUGUGCUGGUUAACCAAUUUGUAAAUAUGAAACUGGUCAAUUUUAUCAGACAGCAUUGAUGUGUACACUCAGUGCUGUUUGUGGGUGUACAAAGACCACUGAAUUGUACUCAGUUCUUGCAACCUAUGAGAUAAAACUAAAAUUCUCUUGCUUCUUCAUUCUGCAGGGCUGUGGGUGAACUUGUCCCUGUUUCCUGUCAUGGCAGGCCUGGCUCUUUGCACAGCCACAGAGAUCAGCUUCAAUAUGCUUGGUUUCUCUGCUGCUUUGUCUACCAACAUCAUGGACUGGUACUUUGGCACUCAAAUCAGUUAUCCCACAGCAGUUACAUACGUAAUGUAACCUCUUGUCUUUGAUCUCAGUUUGCAGAAUGUAUUUUCCAAAAAACUACUGAGUGGAGACACAUACAGAUUCAGGUAAAAGGAGAUGAACCCUUCUUUAAAUGGCUUACACAGUUUUUACGUUUUUUUACUGUCAUAUCCUUGUUAUAAACACUAUGAUUUAUUUCAGUCCCCCAGAACUGCAGUUCUAUACUAGUGCAGCUGCGGUUAUCAUGCUAAUACCUGCCUGGUUGUUUCUUUUGGUAUGUGAAGAUAAAGUUAUUUAAUUUUUGAAUUAAUAUAAUUGGUGCAAGUACUUAUGACAGUGUUAUCUAGCACAGGUUGGUUGCCAUUUUCGAUGAAUUUUCCUUCGAUUUUUUAUUUUUAGAUUAAUGUAAGAAUAUGUAUAGGGUUUGGUGCAAUAAAACAGCAACACUUACAAAAACAUAAGGUAAAAUGUUAAAUGUCUUUCUGGCAAUCUAUUAAUUCACAAAACAAGAUAUGGUAUCACUGAAAGUCAAGGUUAAUUGUAUUGAUUGUUGUCUUGCUUCAUCUUCAUGCUUCCAGGACAUUCCAGGGAUUGGAAAGAGUGGACAAAGUUUUAUCUUCACUCAAGACAUCAUCCUGUUGCUACUUUUUGAUGGCUCCUUGUUCCACCUGCAGAGUGUCACUGCUUAUGCUCUAAUGGGACGGAUUUCCCCUGUUACAUUCAGGUAACAAACGGGUACAAGGCUAGAUGAUAUCAUAGCUUUUAGUAUGGAAACAGGGUCUGCUUACAGCUCACUCCACUAAUUUUAGAGGUGCUAUAAUAUGAAAAAUAAACAUUAAGGCUAAAAACACAACCAAAGUUAGUUCCUGUAGCAAAUACUUACACAGUUGUAGCAAAUAUUAACUGUACAGGACACUAGUCCCAAAACUUUACUCUAAAGAGCACUACUACUGUAUGCUCCAAAGAAAAUGCAAAUUUAUGAAAACAAUAACGACCCGCAUCUCUUCCCCAGUGUUGCCAGUACUGUCAAACACGCCCUGUCCAUCUGGCUGAGCAUCAUCGUGUUUAGUAACCAGAUCUCCAUCCUUAAUGCCAUUGGCACCGUCCUUGUGUUCAUGGGGGUCUUCUUGUACAACAAGGCCAGACGGAUCCAGAGGGAAGCUUUACAGGCCAUGGCUACUGAGCAGAACCACAAGCCAGUACUGCAGGGCCAUGACUUCAAAGCCACUGAGUGUCAAUGAGGAAUCAUAUCCUUAAAGUAAAUUACUUCUUCUUGGAAUCAAGCAGUUCUGUUUGCUAAAUUUUGACUCUGAAGAAACACUACCUGGAUAUCUUUCUUUUUCUUUGCCAUGCACAUUUUACAGUGCAAGAGGAGAAUAUAGCCUGUUUACGGAUUUGCAUGUGUGCAGAGCCCUCCAGGUGCCAAAUCAAGAAGAAUAACAAUGUGCCAAUUUAUGCAAACACACACACACACACACACACACACGUGGAUUGAUAACCAUACUCACAGAUUUGUUGCGCAACUAUUUUUUCUUUACCUCACACCUGGAGAUCUGUACGUGUGUUUUAGGUAGAGGUUUAACUUGUGCAUAGAAAAUUGGGUCACCCUCCAAAGCCAUGGGUUAUGACUCGGCUGACUCACCACACACAGGGUGAGCUCGUUCAUACUGACAGCCAAUAUGUGCUUAAAGUUUAUACUGACAGUCUGUAUAAUUACUGGAUGUAGUGUCACUAACGUCACUCAUCUUUUUGUGAAGCUGAGUCUUGAAAACAAUUGGGGGGUGGUCGCUAUAUUUAAAGUGCAAAUGCAACCAAGGUUUCAGUCAACCAACAAGACUGGGCCUUUACCUUCCCUGCAAAUGGCCACAGUUUGCUUGCCAGUCAAGUCAGUAAUGCCUCUAAUUCAUCAAUCCUCAAUGACUUUGAACUAAACAGUUUUCAAAAACUCACUCUCCAUACUGUGAGUGCCAUAAAAGCCACUUGAACGUACUGUGUUUUGAUGGCCAGUGUGACAUCACCACCAAGGAGAAAAGAAAAUCCUGUCUUGUAAUUCCACUUAAAACAAAAUAAAUUAAUCUGGGAGUUUUUUUCUUUCUCUUUGUUCUCUACGCUUUGUUUGCUAGUCCACAGGAAGCAUACAACCAGACCUACUUAUAUGGUGCUCAUUGGUAUGGGUGGAGAUUUAUGCUGAUUUGUGACCAGUAGAAGUGCCCUAUCACUUCAUGAUUGAUUGGCAUUCAUAAGCUUACAUAUCAGUUUACAAUGAAAUCUGGGUUUAUCACCUUGUUCAUGAAUCCAGAGUAGGUUUUUAGUACCAAUGACUUUUAUGUGUGAAUCUACAAAUAAAAUUACUCAUCCACAUGAGUCAGUCCUGGUUGUGGUCUGCCCUGCCCUGUUCGGCGUCUUGGUUAAAAAGAGGGUGGGGAAAAAAAAGGUCCUGUGAAGUAGACAGGUCAAGUCCACUACAUAAUCUCCAAGAACACCCACCCAAAGCUUGAUUAUAGGUGGAUUUAUUAGUACUUUAUUGAAGAAUUUCUUUAUCUCUUUGUUGUCAACAGAGCCCAAUAGUUUUUACACUAUUCUUACACACAUCAUGUCUAUGUUAUUCUGCUUGCAGUGCACUGAUCAGCUGAUUGGGUCUACAAUUAAACUUAUUUUAGCUUAGUCCACCCCUUCAGAAUUCUGUUUGGAAACAUCCUCUACGCUACAUAAAAGGACUUGCUGGUUUGUUAUCAAAAGCUAGCAUCCAAGUUACUAUGGGGUGCCCAAGGUUGUACAUUUGAGAGGGCAGUAUCAAUGCCACAUAAUGCAGGCGUUAGAGCAAUCAUCAUUUUUAAGAAGUAGCCCAAGAUUUGCUGUAAAAUGUUCAUGGUAUUGAUAUCUUUCCCCCUACAAAGGUUAGACAGCAAUCCAACUCAGAGUCUAGAUCUCUGUGUUCAAUACCAUAGAGAUCAAUACCCUGAAAAAUGUCAGUACCCUGAAAAAUGCCAAGCAUAUACUGAUGAUUUAAGGCAGGCAUGUCCAAACUAUUCCACAAAGGGCUGGUGUGGCUGCAGGUUUUUCUUCCAACCAAUCAAGAGCACGCCGUCUGACCAAUCAGCUGUUUGAAGACUGAGAUCAGCUGAUGAAAUGAAUCAAGUCUGGUGUGCUGCUUGGUUAGAAGAAAAACCUGCAGCCACACCGACCCUUUGUGGAAUAGUUUGGACAUGUCUUAUUUAAGGUGUCUUGUAGCAUUAGUAUAUAGUGACCUUUUCCAAACUACAUCUCUAGUUAAAUCAUGUCCCUUUGUCUUUUUAUUUUUCAGGUCAGACCACAUAACAUAGAUCAAAAAAUGCUGGUGUAAUGGUCCUGAAAAAUGUGGCUUGAGAAAUCUGUUACAGAUUUUCCAAAUCUUGUUGUUGGUUACGAAGUUUAAAGAACUGAUUUGGUGGGUAAAUAAGUAGGAGUUGCUGUAAAUUUGUCAAUUUCAAGUUAAUUAGUUCUUUAACUGUCAUUUAGAAAACUCUUAAGCCGGGUGUACAGUGUGCAAUUUGAAGCUAAUCAUGAGCCAAAUUUGGGGUCUUAAGACUGCUCUAGAAGUUGGCUUGACUUUGAGCAAGAUAAAGUGUUGUUUGUUGUGCGGUGUACAGGGCAUCAUAAGCACUGAUCACAGCCCAAUAAGCUGCGCCCAACUAGUGGGGUGAGAUUCAGAAAAUGUGGUUGGCCCAUGCACACUCUCAUGCAGUAUUAGCAGUGUAAUAACGCCUGUAAAUGUAGUAACAUUUGCACUCAACUCAAUUGAAAAUGUAAUAAAACCCAAUAAUGUAAUAACUUCACUAAUAAUGUAAUAAAAUAAUCUGACUGAUAAUGUAAUAACAUUUUACCGCUAAUGUAAUACCUUAUUACAUUAUUAGGAAUUUAUUACCUUUUUAAGGAUUUUUUUUCCCCCAAAACUGAUAAUGUAAUUUAUAUGUGUGUGUGUGUUCAUUUUCAGUUCAGAUUUAUAUAUAUACAUAUAUAUUACAUUAUCUGUCAAGUAUUAGAUUAUCAGUUUUGAAAAAAAAAAAAAAACUCCCAAAAAUGUUAAAUUCCCAAUAAUGUAAUAAGGUGUUAUAUUAUUGGUAAACAUGUUAUAACACUAUCAGUCAGAUUAUUUUAUUACAUUAUUGGUGAAGUUGUUACAUUCUUGGGUUUUAUUACAUUUUUGAUCGAGUUUAGUGCAAAUUUUAUUACAUUUUCAGGCGUUAUUACAUUUUCAGGAAAUCAUCACAUAAUAGGGUGCCACAGGGCUUCCUUCUCUUCAGGGCUAUUUUUCCCAAUUGCACCUGAAAAAUGUCAGCGUCUGCUAGCACCAAGGCAGCAUGCUGUGUGAUGAUUACAACUGUAAUACACAUAAACAGUCUGUGGCAACAACACCAUGGGUUAGGGUUUCACAAAAAUAAAAUUUGAUGCAUCCAACAUAUGCAGACUGGAGUGAUGAACACACCUACCACCUUAAGACACGAUACUCAUCUUGUCUUAAGAGCAGAGCCUCAUUAAUUCUUCAAAACUGGGGACAUGCUGACAUUGACAGCCAGGAUUUUACUUUGACAGGUGGGCUGUAAAACCGUUGCCUACUUAUUUUCAUCCACAGUGGUUGAGUUUGAGCAUCUGUAGCUGCGUUUCCAUUACCCAUAGAUUUGUGCAAAACCUAAAUAUCGCAAUAGAAAACUGGUAAUGGAAACACCUAAAUUUCGAAAAACCUUUCAAAUAUUGCUAAAAAGUUAUUACGCUCUCAUGAGGUGGUUUUUCAGACGUGUCAAUAUAGAAGUAUAUCACAAAAGUGUAAUAGAAACACAAUUCUCGCAAUUCUACGUCACCGGACGUGACGUAGCGGGUCAUGUGAUCAUGCUUCUGAGUGGGAACUGCCUCCUGGGGGCUUGACAUGGCGGGUGCCACAAGAGGCUCAAUAGCAUCACAGUUUAUUGAACGUAUCCCGGGUCAUCCUGAAGUUUUGAAUCCACAGUUUGUCUGUGAAUUCCUCAUUAACAAUCCUCUCUUAGAAAUCCCUCGUCCGUGUCCGCUCCCAUACAUACAGGCUUUGCCUUUGAAUUAUCACCCACUGCCUUCGUCUUCUGAUGACAGCAGCGGCAACAGCAGUAAUACAAGUAUUCCUCGCAGGAAUACGAGGUCGCACGGGCAGGAAGUUUACCUCGUUGCUAGGCAACGGCCAUUCAAACACGGCUCGCGAGAGGCAGAUGGCUGGCUUAUGCACUGAACACAUUCAAUGGAAACACCCGCAAAUCGCAAUUGUACUUUGUCGAAAUUUGAUAGACGUCACUUUUAUUUCGCGAAAAAAUUUAAUGGAAACGCAGCUUGUGUCUGUGUGUAGCUAAUGCACAUGUAGUCAGCCUGCAUACUUGAGGACUUGGUGUUGGUUCUAGGACUUAAGUUGGAAAGGUGAAAUUGUGCUUUGUAAUGACUAGAAAGUCAUAAUUUAGGGCUUUAACUGUAGGGAUGGAAAUCGAGAACUGGUUCUUGUUGAGAACCAGUUCCAAAUGGUUUAAUCCACCAACAUCAUUGACAUUUUAUCUUAAUGCUUCCCUUAACGAUUCCUGUCUUCUAGGUGCCUUGAAAAAUGGUCUUGCGAGUGCCAGUCUACAUGAACGGCAACAGACACAGAGAAAAUACAUGGCGGACAGUAAGAAAAGUAGGUAGCGACGAGCUAAAGUGCGGUUUACUUUUACUAAGAAAGAUGACAACAGUGCAGCUUUGUCGAGCAGUGAUAACAUGCAAAGGUGGCAAAUAAAAUAAAACAAUUGAUCCAAAUCGAAUUUUGACCCAAGGACGUCACAGACAUGUUUUUAACACACCAGGGGACGAUUUUAAGUUGUGUGAAAUUGGCAUGCCAUGGGACCUUUAACUCCAAGGCCA